AUGGUCCAGAUUAAGCCCUUUGUAGUGGAGGAGUGGAUGGAUCGCCUGGAGACCACUCCCGGUGCUCUCAAUAUGGCCGAGACUUGCUGCGAAUCUGUUUCCAUCCAAGAGCUCACACAAUUAUCCACUGAAAAGUCGGCUGCCGGACCUCUAGACAUCACGACUCGGCGAAUGACCUACGGGGCGAUUUACGGCUCGGAGACGACCCGCCAGCAAAUCGCGAAUCUCUACGAUAAUGACAUUUCAGGUCCCCUUCCGAGUGGCCAGAUCAUCCUCACUCAGGGGGCCAUUGUGGCCAACUUUCUCACUCUCUUCACCCUUGUUGGUCCCAAGGAUCAUGUCGUCUGCGUGUACCCGACGUACCAACAGCUCUACGAGGUCCCCAGGAGCUUGGGGGCAGACGUGACCCUUUGGAAAUUGAGGUCGGAGAACGGUUAUAUCCCGGACGUUCGAGAGCUGGAAAGCCUUGUGCGAGACAACACGAAGAUGAUCAUCAUCAAUAAUCCCAACAACCCUACUGGUGCCACGAUCCCAAUGUCCGUUCUGGAAAACAUCGUGGCGUUCGCCAAAUCACGGAACAUCAUUGUGAUGGCCGAUGAGGUCUACCGCCCACUCUUCCACAGUCUCCCCGAAGGAGAAAGUAUGCCCCCGUCCAUCUUGUCGCUGGGAUAUGCCAGAACAAUUUCCACGGGAAGCAUGUCCAAGGCAUUCUCGCUCGCAGGUAUCCGUUUGGGCUGGAUCGCCUCCAGAGACCUCGAGGUCAUCGAGGCCGUCAAAAACGCCAGAAACUACACGACUAUAAGCGUGUCGCAGCUGGACGACAGGGUGGCUGGGUAUGCUCUCUCGGAUGCCGUCAAGCCAAACCUGCUGAAGAGGAACACCGACCUCGCAAGGAACAAUUUGGAGCUGCUCGAUGCAUUUGUGCGGAAACACAGCUUGUUGUGUUCCUGGGUCAAACCCACUGCUGGCACGACAGCGAUGAUCCGCUUCGAGAAGAAUGGAAAGCCUGUGCGUGAUGACGAGUUCUGUCUUGAGGUUCUAAAAGAGACGGGGGUUCUCAUCAUGCCUGGCUCCACCUGCUUCGGAGACGGAACUGACUUUGAGGGGCAUAUGCGGUUCGGAUAUGUGUGUCGUACGGAGGUUUUGAAGGCCGGCUUGGAGAAACUGGGCAGGUAUCUUGAAAACUUCAGUCAAGUGGUUGCAUAA